AUGAAAGUACCAUUUUGGUGCCCUGACGAUGAAGUUGAUCCUUGCGGAGCAACAGAACAGCUCAAUCUCACGGGAAAAUACCCCGACUACUUGCUGGUCUCCAAAUUUUAUCAAAAGUCAAGAGUUGAUGAAGACCACGCAGAAUCAGACUUGGCGAUUGCGAAUGAUAAAGUCAAAAGGAUGAAGAAAAAACUAAAUGAAGCAGAAAAGGCUCUCACGAAGGCAAAGGCAAGUGUCAAGGCAAAGAAACAAUGGCGCAAAAAAGUUCAAGGAAGGCUCGUUUAUGUGGUACAAAAUUUGGUUGAAAAUGAAAGUGAAUCAGAAGACGACUCCUCAGAUGAUGAUGAGCCCCCGGAAAAGAAGGCGAAGAAUGAUGAUGGGAACGAAAAGUCUCCAUGCAAGGUCUGCUUCUUCCACUUCGACGACGAGCGCCCAGAAGCCUCCCUCACUUCCUGCGGACACAAGGCUUGCGUCCCCUGUCUCGAUGCUCUCCAGCCGAAGACAUGCCCAAUCUGCCGUAAGGAAUUCACUGAGGAGCAGAUUCUCAAGCUUUUCGACUGA